UUGUGCUCCGGUCAUGAAUUAUUGUUUGAGGUGUAAAAACAAGUUCUGUAGUAGGACAGAAUAUUUGCUACAUAUAGCCAACGGUUGCAGUAGCAACCGAUUUGCGGCAUUAGAGGAAGCAGAUCCUGAUCUUCAGUUUACACCGAGCUUCAAAUCGAACAAUAUAUUGAAGAAGAGAAAACUGUUUGAAGAUUUGGCAGUGACACCUAACAAUGAAGAACUGAGCAUAACUGCACAACUGGGGACAUCGCAAUUGCCUCCAAUUCCAGAGGAACCUUCCAGCAAUAUCUUAGACGACUGUACUGCGGGCGCACUAAAGAGGAAAAAACGAAACUGCCAGAAAAAUACUAUUAACUACAACGAAAAAGACAUAAGUGUGUUUGAUUUUUCAUCUGGCUGUGACACUGAAGAUGAAUACCAGCCUCCUUCAUCUCCAUCUCUCUGUGAGCGAACUGGCAAACUGCAACCGUUGGAUGAGACUAAAGUACAUCUUCAGUUUACACCGAGCUUCAAAUCAAACAAUAUAUUGAAGAAGAGAAAACUGUUUGAAGAUUUGGCAGUGACACCUAACAAUGAAGAACUGAGCAUAACUGCACAACUGGGGACAUCGCAAUUGCCUCCAAUUCCAGAGGAACCUUCCAGCAAUAUCUUAGACGACUGUACUGCGGGCGCACUAAAGAGGAAAAAACGAAACUGCCAGAAAAAUACUAUUAACUACAACGAAAAAGACAUAAGUGUGUUUGAUUUUUCAUCUGGCUGUGACACUGAAGAUGAAUACCAGCCUCCUUCAUCUCCAUCUCUCUGUGAGCGAACUGGCAAACUGCAACCGUUGGAUGAGACUAAAGAACAUCUUCAGUUUACACCGAGCUUCAAAUCAAACAAUAUAUUGAAGAAGAGAAAACUGUUUGAAGAUUUGGCAGUGACACCUAAUAAUGAAGAACUGAGCAUAACUGCACAACUGGGGACAUCGCAAUUGCCUCCAAUUCCAGAGGAACCUUCCAGCAAUAUCUUAGACGACUGUACUGCGGGCGCACUAAAGAGGAAAAAACGAAACUGCCAGAAGAACACUAUCAACUACAACGAAAAAGACAUAGGUGUGCUUGAUUUUUCAUCUGGCUGUGACACUGAAGAUGAAUACCAGCCUCCUUCAUCUCCAUCUCUCUGUGAGUCUGAUUCUUCAAAUGCUACAAACACCAACAGUAAGGCUCACUUAAAAGAAAACCCGUUGAAACCAUUGAGUGAUAUUUAUGUAUUGAAACAUGUUUCUCCUGUUGAAAAUUUAGAUAGUAACACAUUGCUUGUAAGGGAAGUUAAUAAUAACCUUGAACCGUUAGUAAAUGUGCCAAAGAAAAUAACUUUAGCAAUACCUUCAAUUCAGACCCAAGGUAAAAGAAAAUGGGAUAAAAAGCUGUUUUGCACUUUUUGCAAACAAUUUAAGAAAAACAAAUUGGCCAAACAUUUCGAAGCAAAACACAGCGAUGAAGUUGAAGUUUCAGAGUUUUUAGCUCUACCCAAAAAAUGUAAAGAAAGGAGAAAUCUUAUAACUAAGCUGGUAAAUAGAGGUUACUUUAUGCAUAACCAAACUGUUCUUUCUGUUGGAGAAGGAGAAAUAAUACCAAAAAAAAGGAGUCAAGCAAUGAAAUCACCAUCCAAAGUUCUUCCCUGCGAAGUUUGCGGUGCAAGCUACAGUAGAAAAGAAUUGCACAAACAUGUCCCGAACUGCAGGAAGAAGCAUAAUGUUAACAAAAUAAAGGGCAGGGAUAGAUCUCUAACUCAGAGAUCUGAGCUUAUGUAUUCAGUUGCUGGAAGCCAAAGUGAUCUGAAAUAA